AACGAGAAGCCAUUCUAUAAUCACUUGAACUCAACUCUUGCCAAAAUAUUGAUAAACAGAUCAAAUCGAACCCAAUUAUCUAAUGCUCUGAUAAUCUUGCUUCUACAUUUGAUCAAUGGAAGGCCUUAUUAUAGCCACUGUUUCCACUCCCUCUUGCUCUAUCUCUUCCAAUCCCUUAUUCUUUCCUUUGGUGUCAGCCUCGAGAGCAAGACUAAGAAGAGGAGUUUAUUUCCCUCGAAAAAAUAAAAGAUUUUCAAUUUUCGCUGCUAAAGAAGAGCCUGGGUUUGACAAAUGGGACCUUAUGGAGAUGAAGUUUGGCAAAAUGCUCGGAGAAGACCCCAAACUUACCCUUGCCAAGAUUAUGGGUAGAAAAGCGAAUCCAGAUGCUUCUUAUCUUGAAAUUGAGAAAGAAUUUUACAAAAGAAAGGGUAAAGUGGUAGAAGUUAAAGAGGUUCCAUUUGAUGUGUCUGACAAUAAGAAAUCAUCAUCUAGUUCAUUGGAUGGUUUGAAUUUAGUUCGCCCAGUUCCAAAGAAGGGAGUCAAAUUUCAAGCCAAUUAUAAACCCAGAGAGCUAGAUAUUAAGAAACCAAGCCCGUCAGUUAAAAGGGCAAUAGAUAGGAGCAAGAGUAGCCUUCCUAAUGUUAUCUUGAGAAAGCCCACCCUGGUUAAUGAAGACGAUGUUCAGGAUAUGCCCUCGAGGUUGAGGAUGAAACCUAAUUUGUCAUUGAAAAUGAGGAAUGAGCAAGGAAAGGAGAAAUUUAGUGAUAUGACACUCUUGAGAAGGCCAGAACCUUCUAGUACCAAUUCGAAUGUAGAAAAGGAGACUUCUGGUAAUCCUGCUGCCAAAGCUGCUAUUGAUGGCACCGGGUUAAGAGCAAGGAAAGAAGAAGGGAAAGGUGAAUACGGAUUUCACCCGUUGAAAAAGCCUGCAGCAAUUAGCGUUGAGACAGAACUAGUUGGGAAACAAGAGCCAUUUGAGGAUGCAGAAGCUAGAGUUACAGAGUUCAUUGAGGAGGAAAGUUCAAAGGCAGAGCUGGAAGCUACCGAUAUGGAUAAUGGGAGGAUGGCCGAUUUUGGGGUUGGCUUAGUGUUAGAGGAACCUGAACUGAAAGAUAACUCAAUGUCAGGUGUGCAGCCACCCAAUAGUCAAACUGGGUCCACUGACAGUGAGAGUGAAUCAUCAGAAGAAAAUUUGGUGGAUUCCAGCGCCACAUUUGCUGUGAAGUCUUCGCUGCAAGAAAAACCUACAAGAUUAGGUCAGUCUAUCGAAGAAAGAGAGGAGGCAAUCCCCAUGAAUCCAGUUGUUAAUGGGAAUGAUAUUGAGCUUGAUGAUCUUCAUUCUACAUAUCCUCUGUUGGAACAUGAAGAUUCUGAUUGGACCAGGGCAGAAGAUCUUGUUAAGACAGGAGAACGAGUGGAAGUGGAGUUAAUAAGCUCUAGCACCAGAGGUUUUGUUGUAUCUUUUGGAGCAUUGAUUGGAUUUUUACCAUACCGUAAUCUUGUUGCCAAGUGGAAGUUCUUAGCAUUUGAGUCUUGGUUGAGACGUAAGGGCUUAGACCCAUCAAAGUAUAAGCAAAAUCUAGGAAUCAUUGGAAAGUAUGAUAUGCAAAGAAAGACUUCUACACUUGACUCAAGCCAAGAUCAGGAACUUGAUCAACAUAUAGGGGGAGAAGUUUCGCCAGAUAUGAAGUUGGAAGAUCUUCUUAGGAUAUAUGAUCAAGAGAAGCUUAAAUUCUUGUCAUCAUUUGUUGGUCAGAAAAUCAGUGUGAAUGUAGUAAUGGUUGACCGGAAUUUGAGAAAGCUUAUAUUUUCUGUGAAGCCAAAAGAAAAGGAAGAGUUGGUUGAAAAAAAGAGAAGUCUGAUGGCAAAACUUCGUGUUGGGGAUGUAGUGAAGUGUUGCAUCAAGAAAAUUACUUAUUUUGGUGUUUUUGUUGAGGUUGAGGGUGUGCCUGCACUGAUUCACCAGACGGAAGUGUCAUGGGAUGCCACUUUGGACCCUGCUUCAUAUUUCAAAAUUGGUCAGGUUGUGGAUGCAAAAGUUCACCAGUUGGAUUUUGCGCUUGAACGCAUUUUCCUGUCGUUAAAGGAGAUUAUGCCGGAUCCUCUGAUUGAGGCAUUGGAGUCUGUGAUUGGUGAUCGUGAUCCCUUGGUUGGGAGGUUGGAGGCAGCUGAAGCUGAUUCUGAGUGGCCUGAUGUGGAAUCUCUUAUUAAAGAACUGCAAAAAGUUGAAGGAAUCGAGUCUGUAUCAAAAGGUCGUUUCUUUUUGAGCCCGGGCUUAGCUCCAACAUUUCAGGUCUAUAUGGCAUCCAUGUUUGAGAAUCAGUACAAAUUACUAGCUCGUUCUGGGAACAAAGUGCAAGAGGUUAUUGUUCAAGCAUCAUUGGACAAAGAAGCAAUGAAAUCGACAAUUUUAUCAUGCACCAACAGAGUCGAGUAGUCUUUCUCAGUCACUAGCCUUCGGAAAGUCAAUUCAAUAUUCCAGUUGGUGUAUAAAAUGGCACGCCAUAAUGUAAACUUGAGAAUGCAAUUUUGAUCCAGGCAGGCAUCUCAGACAAAUGGAUGAGGAAAACUGAAAGUUAUGUGCAGCAAAUUCUUAGAUUUUUUCCCAUCUGCAGAAACCCUGGAGGAGGUCCAGACUGUGGGGUUGACUACUUUUUCUUAGAUAAAUAUUAUUUUCAUUUUGUUGUAAUAGACAACAACAAUCUCGUAAACUUUCUUAGAAGUAUUCAUCUUUAGACUAGUACAAGCUAUAAAAAAGAUGAGAUACCAUUUUGUUCUUUCACA